UUUAUAUGACACAGCUGUCACUUGAAUUAUUUCUCCUAUCAUAUUAUUAUGUAUAAAUACGAAAUGGGUGUGUCUAUAAUAUGGAAAUUAAGUGUAUAAGAAGAAAUAUAAUUUAUUUGUUAGUGUUUAUUAGUAUAAUUAGUAAAAUACGUGGAACAUAUAAUAUAAAAGGUACAAAUAAAAAGAAUAGUAGGGAUAGUAAAGAAAUGAAAGAAUUAAGCACUAUAAAGAAAGAAUUAGACACGAAAGAAGAAGAAUUAGAUGAGAGAGAAGAAGAAUUAGAUGAUAAAAAGAAGGAACUAGACAAGAGAGAAGAAGAAUUAGAUGAUAAAAAGAAGAAAUUAGAUAAAAAAGAGAAAAAGAUAGGAGCAAGUAAAAAAAGAAGUUCUACUGAAGAAUCAGAAGAGAAUUCCAGUGAUAGUCUAAAAAGUAAAAGUUCGAAUAAAAUAAAAAAUAAGUCGAAAGAAAAAAAAGAAGAGAGAGAAGAAAGCAGUUCUGAAGAAAGCAGCUCUGAUGAAAGCAAAGUGAGUAAAAAUCAAAAAAUGAAAAGUAGCUCAAAUCCAAAAAAACAUCUUUUAGCAAAGAGUUAACCCGAAAUAUGAAUAUGCUAAUAUAAAUAGUAUAGUACAGAGUUAUAUUAGCAUAGUAGUGUUAGAAUCGAUUAUGGUGGAGAUAGAAAUUUAGAUUAUACAAGAAAUUCAGUUUAGAAUGAAUAUUACA